AUGAAUCAGAUACAAUCUAUGUUCGAACAGAUCGACGAAAAUGUAAAUGCUUCAUAUGAAACGCUUUCUAAGAUACUUCAAACUUUUAUUAGUUCGGAUUCAAAUCUUAUAGCAGAAAAAAUACUAACUCUGAUGGAGCAAACGUCUACUCCUGUCAAUACAACGCUAUUAGAUAUGUAUCUCGUUUCAAUUCUCUCAAUUCAAGAUAUUUCAAUACAAAUCCGAACUUUAACGGCAAUUUCAUUGAUAAAUCCUAGUACAACAAAUUCACUACCAUUUCUUCCGGGCUAUCUUAAAGUUUGCUUUAAGGCAGAUGAAUUAAUUUCACCAGCUUUGCGUUGUGUUUUAAAUGUAAUGACAGAACAGCUAUUCCUACGUCUUAAGAUUGAUCUAGAGCGAAUUGCGCUGACGGGAUCAGACACAGCCCGUAAACUUUGCCUUCAUAUUUUUUAUCGUUUAUAUCAAGAGGAUUCAAGUUAUAUUUCCUAUCUUCUCGUUUAUAUAAAAAGAGCAUUAUUCGAUCUGCCAUGCAAACCGAACGCUUUUACGAUUAUUUCAGAAGUUGUUGAUCAAAAUCGCUCAUAUAUACGUCCUCUUGUUCCAUUUCUCAUAAACGAAGUCAAGUACUGUGGGUAUGUCCAUUUUACGAAGCUUACUCGCGUUUUUGUCGCUUUCGCCCAAGAUUCCGAAUAUAAAUCGAAAUUAGAAACAGCAUUAUUAGAUUUACUCGAAAGUACAAGACAAAUAAAUUAUGUCAUUGAGAUUUCCAAGAUCGCCGCUGCCAUGGAAAGCGACCAACUCAUACAAAUCCUUGUUUCAAGAAUUGAUCGAGCGAUUCAGAUCAAUAAGAACCCCAAUCUGUCAUUGGAAAUGGCAAAAACGCUUCAUUUAUUUGGCGACAAGUAUCAUAUCAGUCGCACAUCCCUUUUAGUUCUUCUUCAAUCCCCAGAUUAUAAUAUAAUUUCGCAAGCAAUGCCAUUACAGACUUCCAACUCCGAUACUAAUGAUAGUAUUAAGAUAGUGAACGACAUGAUUGUUGAAAUAGCCAAAACAGGGUCUCCUCACCUUGCAGAAGUCGCAUUACAAUUAGUUCCUCAUCAUGGAGAUUGGUUUGUCACAAUUUUGUUCGAACUUUACAAUAUGAAACUGAAAACACUGUCAGAUGUAAUUUGUAAAGCUGUUUUGGGCAUAAAAGAUCCGAAAACUCAAAGUGAAGUGAUUUCUGAAGCUAGAAAACAGUUUGAAGUUAUUCCGGAUGACCAAUUUGGUAUAGCCAUUGCAGAACUUAUCAGUAGAACAAGCAGUAACCCUGAAGACUUCUUUAUUUUGUUGCCAUCAAAUAUUAAUUACAAAUCUCCUGAAUUUCAAGCUUCAAUGGUUUCUUUUGUCUUCGAAUUUUGGCAAAGGGCUGGAUUCGAAAUAGAUACAAGCAUGAUGAACAGACUUAUGCUUCUUAGUUUUUCAAGUGAGAGGGAAGUGAGGCAGAGAGCCUUGGAACUCAUCACUAUGAUAAAAUCAAAGAGUUGA